AUGGCGUCCCUCAAAGAACGCAUGGCCAUGCUGACAAAGUCGGCCGCAAAGACGGACGAUCAUCAGGAAUUCAAGAAAAAGAGUGGGAAUACCGAACAACCGGAGAAGGUGGGCAAGUUGACUCAUUCGUAUCUCUCGAGGGAUUCCGGUGCAAAGCCCAAGCGCAACUUUAAAGUUCCGAAAUUCAACAAGAAGAAAAAAGAGGAAGGCGAAAAGAAAGCCGAGGAGGCAACGACCACGACUAGUACUGCGGCAGCAACAACAGAGUCAAAGGAUGAAGUAAAGACUGCAGCCAAGCCCAAGCAAGCAGCAGAUGCUCCAAAGUCUCCAAUGGCUCCAAAGUCACCCAUUAAGAUUCCCGGAAGGUUGUCUGGAAAGUUCAAGAAUCCAUUCUUGAGAAACGAUAUGGCUGGAAAGGUCAACAAGAAAGGUAAAGAAGGAGAAGAAGGGGCCGCGAAGCCAGAGAAGUCUGAAAAGGAAGCUGACGAUGAUGAACUAGAAGCGCAAGAGGAAGAAGAUGAUUUCGUGAUUCCAGAAGAUGAAGAAGGCGAAGAGGGAGAUGAAGUGGGGGACAUGAACAAGCAGGAAGCCCCAAAGCGUGGAGCCUUGAGGAAUUUUGUGCAGACGUCUCAGCGAUUGAGUCUGGGUAUCUUUGCCAAGAAGAAGGGUGCACCAACCUCAAGGACGCAAAGUGACACUAGUGGUGGAAGAAAAUUCGGUACCGCCAAUAUCAGUGCGGCUGACAGCAAGGCUCGAGACCGAGCUGGCAUCAAACUGAAUGACGGAAAUGCAGCCCCGCCUCCCCGCAAGCGCAUCAGUCUGUUGGGCAACUUGGGUCGCAUGGGAUCCAAACGCAAUACUAACAAUAACAAAAUGAACGCUUACAACUUGGUCCUGGACAAGGCAAGGGCCGACGAAGUGGAAGGGUAUUUGGACCAGAUCAAUACCUUCAAGCAAUCCUUCACUUUAGUGAAGCGGCUCAGUAUCCGUGACAAUGAUAUUGUGCAAGCGGUCCAACGGGUCAUCGAUAACGAUCCCAAACAGACUGCUAUCAAGAUUACGGAUGAUGUUCGCUUUGGUCACCUCCGGUCUUCCUUGGUGCAAGACUUUGGAGAUGCGAUUCGGAAAAACCUAUACCUCAAGACCUUGACGAUCAAGGGCGUCGAUCUUGGGAACCCAUUUUUGGAGGCUUUGGCGUCGGCCAUUCGGGACAAUGUUACAUUGCAAGAAAUUGAUUUGUCCCGAAAUGCCUUUACGCACGAUGCCUUGGUCGAAUUUUGUCAAGCGUUGGAACUGAACCAUACUAUUACCAAAGUUAAACUUGAGACGCAGCUCUCACCACUAUAUGAAAAGGGAGCCGAAACUGCAUUGGCUGCCAUUGAGAAUAACCGCUCCGUCAAAUCAAUGACCAUUGAUUUCCAAGGAGAUGUGGAUGGCAAAUUCGACAAGCGGCUGAAGGAAAUCACUCAACGCAACUACUGGAACAAGGAUAAUUAUCCAAUGCCCAAUCCAGAUGAUCUGUUGGUCAAUUUCUUGAAGGAAGAAGUGGUACGAACCGAGGAAUUGCACCAACAAAAGAUGCUCGAAAAGGACUUGGAGGAGGUCCGAGAAGGAGAUUGGGAUUAUUUAUACGAAUUGGCAGUUCUCUUUGAUAGAUUCAAGAUUCAAGAGACUGAUGAAGAAUCAAAGCGCAGUUCGGUCCAGAGUUAUGCCAGUCCGAUGCAUGCGGCACAGCAAAGCCGAAACAGCGAAGGAUUUGGCGCAGGAAAAAAUCCAAUGACUGGAGCUCAAGGAUUUCCUUCAGACGGUUCUUUCUUGACAGAGGAGUUCAUCGAUACGUAUUUGCAAGAAGAUGCAGAACGAGGUGGCCUUGUUUUCAAUUUCUGCAAUCAAGCACGGCUCUUCAAACAGUUUCCGUCAACCAGCCCAGACCGUGAGACAAUCGUCAACAUUUUUGUUUAUGAGCUCUUGCAUCACCCUCGGCAACAGGAGUUUACUGGAAUCAACAUGACCAACACUGGUUGUGGCAAUGACUUUUGGGUGAAGAUUGCUGAAGGUGUUCUUGAAGAUCCAGAUUUGUUCCCAAAUAUCAACAUGAUCAGUGCCGAGACUAACUUUUUGACCGAAGCUGGAUUUGUUGCAAUUGCGGAUAUGGUCAAAUCCGAAACUUCCAUGAGGUACCUUCAAGUCCUCAAGCUGGAUAACCAAAAGGCUUUGCUAUCUUCGAAAGCUGAGCGGGCUUUGGCCAGAGCCAUGUGUGUCAAUCUGAGUAUUGUUCGAUUCUCACUUCGCGUGCGAAACCUUCUUGAGAGGGACCAAUGCAACAAAUACGUUGUGCGUAAUAUUGAUUUCUUGCGCCAAGCGAGACGGCAUCACAAAAUCAACACAGGAACUCUUGAAGAACGCAAACGGAAUGCGAUGGAACAACUUUUUGACAGUAUUGCUGCAAAUGACGAGAGCAUCACCGAGGUCAAUAUUUCUGCUGACAUCAAAUUCACAGGCCUGAGUGAUGUCGAAAAGGUCAAGAGUGCCAAGGCUUUUGCGACGAAUUCGCAUGUGAAGAAGGUCCUCAUGAACCAGCUUCAACUUGGAGAUAAAUUUGCAAUUGCACUCGGAGAAGCACUCGAACGAAACAAGACGAUCGAGCGCUUGGUCAUUGAAGGUAAUGCCUUCACUGGUGCAGGUUUCAAAGGAAUCUUUGAAGGGUUAGGAAAGAACUCAUCGGUAGUGGAGCUACUGGCGGGACAUCAAACCAAGGCUAUGUCUAGUCCUGAUGAGCAAGCUCUACCUGGGCUCCUACAAGGCAACGAGACUAUCACCAAGAUCAGUCUUGACUUGCGUAAUUCUGCCGUAACAAUGCAACUGGACAAGAUCUGCAACCAGAACCGGAGCAAGAGGAUUAGCGCGCAAAGGCCAUCGGAACGCAAACGGAAUGCUAUGGAACAGUAUUUCGACAGCAUUGCCGCAAAUGACGAGAGCAUUACAGAGGUGAACCUAUCUGCAGAUGUCAAAUUCACUGGGCUGAGCAAAACUGAGAAGGUCAAGAGUGCUAAGGCAUUUGCAACAAAUUCUCACGUGACAAAGGUCACCAUGAAUCAGCUUCAGCUCGGUGAUGACUUUUUGAUCGCGCUUGGCGAAGCUCUUGAGACGAAUACGACGAUCAAAAGACUGGUCAUUGAAGGCAAUUCAUUCGCUGGCCCUGGAUUCAAGGGACUCUUCACCGGUUUGGGCAAGAAUUCGUCCGUGAAGGAACUCUUGGGAAAGCAUCAAACCAAAUCGAUGUCUAGUUCCGACGAGCAAGUUCUGCCAGCCUUGAUCGAAGAAAACACCACACUUUCCAAGAUCAGUCUCGACUUGCGUAAUUCUGCAGUGACCAUGGCACUUGACAAAGUGUGCAAUCGAAACAAUCAAGAAAGGCGCAAGAAGAAAAAUUCUUCUGCUGUAUCUGGCCCAGCUACAGACAAUGCUGCCAUGGCAGUUGCUUCAACUCCUGCUGGGUCACUGAGAGAUUCUGUUGUUCCUGUUCCAACUGACGAACCCCAGAGCGAAGCGACGGCUAAGGAGAAGUCUGAAGAGAAGCCUUUCGAUGAAGACAAACCACCAAGUGAAUCUCCUGUGGACGAGGCACCUGUGGAUAAAGUACCAGAAAAGAAGCAAGCUUCGAACGAAAAACCUUUUGAUGAGCGAUCGGUAGAUGAUAAGCCUUUUGAUGAAGAGAUGCCAGAAGACGAAGUUUCUCCAGUUGAAAAGUCACCGGUCGAUGAAGAGAUGCCAGAAGACGAAGCUUCUCCAGUUGAAGAGGCACCCGCAGAUGAAGAGAUGCCAGAAGACGAAGAUGCCCCGGCCGACGAGGGGCCCGCGACGGAGCAAAAGGAAGACAACGAAGAUGCUCCAGCCGAUGAGGUACCCGAGACGGAGCAAAAGGAAGAUGACGAUGAUGCUCCAGCUGAUGAAAUUCACGAGACGGAGCAAAAUGAAGACGACGAAGAUGCCCCAGCCGAUGAGGGACCUGAAACAGAGACAAAAGCAGAAAUCGAAGUAGUCGCUGAGGAAGAGGCACCAGUGACAAAGGAUGCACCGGCUGCAGAAGAAGAAGCACCAGCCGAUGAAAACGAGCCAGCACCACAAAUGGAUGUUGUCCAGGAUGCACCAGCUGCAGAACAAGUUGAAAAUGAAGCAAAAGAGGCUGUCGAGGAAGCUCCAGCUGAUGAAGCAGUUUCAGAACCAGAAGUCUCUGCCGAGGAAGCACCAGCUGAUGAAGUAGAACCACAAGCUGCAGAGGAUGCACCAGCUGAAGAACCAGAGCCUGAACCUAAGACUCCUGAAGAGCCAUUGACGGAAGCAGCACCAACUCCUGACACUCCUGACAAAGAAGAAGAAGAAGAAGUAGUUAUCACUGAGGCGCCAGCAGCUCCGGCUGAAGACCCAGAGCCAGAACCUAAAACGACUGAAGAGCUAUCGGUCGAAGCAGCUGCAAAAGAAGAAGAACCAGUCCCUAAGACUCCUGAAGAGCUAUCGGCCGAAGCACCUGCAGAAGAAGAAGUACUAGAGCCUGAACCUAAGACUCCUGAAGAGCCAUUGACGGAAGCAGCACCAACUCCUGACACUCCUGACCAAGAAGAAGAAGAAGUUAUCACUGAAGAGCCAGCAGCUUCGGCUGAAGAACCAGAGCCAGAACCUAAGACUGCAGAAGAAGAAGAAGAAGAAUUGCCAGAGCCAGAACCCACAACGACAGAAGAGCUACCGGUCGGAGCAGCUGCAGAAGAAGAAGAAGAACCAUCCCACAAGACCCCUGCCGAAGCAGCUGCAGAAGAGGAGGGAGAAAAAGAAGCACCAAAGCCAGAACCUAAGGCUUCUGAAGAACUAUCGACCGAAGCAGCUGAAGAGGAAGAAGAAGUAUCAGAGCCAGAACCAUUGGCCGAAGCAGCUGAAGAGGAAGAAGAAGAAGAAGCAGAACCAGUACCAGAGCCAGAACCUCAAAAUCCUGAAGAGUUAUCGGCCGAAGCAGCCGCAGAAGCAGAGCCAGAACCCAAGACUUCCGAAGAGCUAUCGGCCGAAGCAGAUUCAACUCCUGGUACUCCCGGUGUAGAACCAGUACCAGUACCAGUACCAGAGCGCGAACCUAAGACUCCUGAAGAGCAAGAACCGGCCAAAGCAGAACCAACUCCUGACCUUCCUGCAGAGACUCCAGCCAAGGAAGCAACGCCAGUGUCUGAUACCGUCAUUGAAGUAGGAGACGGCGAAGAAAUUGAAGUUUCUCACAGCGGAGAAAUCGCAGAGGAGGAGGAACACGAGACCAACGUGGAAGAAAUCGAUGGAAAAUCGGCCGAGUCAUGGGAUUAA